AUGGGGGAGCAGCAACCGGCAGGUGCAGGGGACGGCAUGGCGAAGGCGCAGACUGUGCAGAAAUCAGAGGAGAGAAGAAGAGACGCAGCAAGAGCAGCCGCCAACGCCAACAGCGCAAAGAACACCACCGCAUUCCAAGCCAACACGCUCUUCCUCCUCGCCAAGCUCCCCUCCGCCGCCGUGCCCACGGGCUUUGCCUCCCUGCGCUCCGCCGGAGUGGUCGCCCACGGACUCUGCUUCGGGUAUGCCACGCCGUCCCAGUGCCGCGAGUUCCUGGCCGCCGCGGCCAGCAAGCUCGCCAACGCCUGCGGCGCCCGCGGCCGGCGCGCCAGCAUCUGGAUGGACGCCUGCUUCGCGGCCUACGCCGACGCAAACGCGUCCUGCCCAGCUACGACAGCUUCCGCGCGAGCGUCAUCACCGGCGCCAACACGCUCGCCACCAGCUCGUCGUCCGAGCUGCAGAGCCAUAGCGGGCGGGGGCAGCAGCGGAGGGUGGCUGGGUGCGUGCGUGCGCUGGCCGCGGCCAGGCAGCAGCGGCGGUCAUAGCGGGCGGGGGCGGCAGCGGAGGGCGGCCACGAGCAGCUACAGCGCGGGGCCAGCGGAGGCGAGGAGCGGGACUACGGGCAGGCGGGUGUGCGCACGCGAGGCAGGGGCGCGACGAGGUGCGGCAUGGACGCGCUGUUGA